AUGGCAGCAAAUCGCGGUGGAGGCGCAGCCGGCACAAAAUUCCGCAUGACCCUCGGCCUUCCCGUCGGCGCCGUGCUCAACUGUGCAGACAACAGCGGCGCUAAGUCGCUCUUCCUCAUCGAGCCUUUCGGCUUCGGUGCCCACCUUAACCGCCUGCCCGAUGCUGGUGUGGGCGACAUGGUUGUCGCGUCUGUGAAGAAGGGAAAGCCUGAGCUGAGGAAGAAGACCAUGCCUGCCGUCGUCAUCCGUCAACGCAAAGCCUGGCGCCGGAGAGACGGCGUCUUCCUAUACUUCGAAGACAACGCCGGUGUCAUCGUCAACCCCAAGGGUGAAAUGAAGGGUUCCGCCAUCACUGGACCUGUAGCAAAAGAAUGCGCGGAUCUGUGGCCUCGUAUCGCAUCGAACGCUGGCACUGUUGUAUGA